CAGUACAAAAGGUUCAUUUCAAUGCCUUCGGCAACACAACUGCUUAAACUAUUAAUCAGAGUAAAGUAUAUCUGUACUAUGAAGGCGUUUAUCUUAAUUUAUUUUCUACUACUUGCGACGAUCAAAUGUUUUAGUUCUUACGUUAUAAUCAACAGUAAAUUAAGCAAUGUUACUUUCAAAUAUCUGGAUGGUAUAGGUGGAGAGAGUGAUUUGCACUACUGUGCAAUUAACGAAGCCUGUAAUGCGAUCCACGACCGGUUCUGGAUGUCAAGCUUAACGGAAAGACUGUGCCGUUGCCCCAACGGAAAAGAAUGCCCAUGGCAAUGGAAUGUACAACUCGGAAAUUCUUCUCAAUCACUCAAUAAUAGAUCACGCAUGGAGUUUUGUAGUCCAAUAAGUGAUAUGGAUGUAUGUACGCAUAAGGAUGAAGCUAUACAAGUUCAUGGUAAAAGCGAUACUAGUCAUUCCUAUUUAAUACCAUAUAAUGUAACAUUACACUGUACGUGUCCAAACUCUCACUACUGGAGGCUACAGAAAUAUUCAUACGAAGACAAUGAUUUUAUCACACAGACCUUCAAGUGUGUUAAGAAAAGACGGUGUAAAACUAAUGAAUUUUGUGGUCAUAUACGAUCUGAUUUGUUCUCAACGUAUUACAGAUGUUCUUGUCCAGAAAAGCACUUGUGUGUUUUUGAAAAUAGAACCAUGGAAAAUGUUCAAGAACUACUUUACUCUGGGCCUGCUUAUAAAGCUUACUGUCUUUCAUUUAAAAAUGGCUUAUAAGGUAGAACGCAUACCUGUGAAGACUGUUCACUCAUAGCUUUCAAAGUUGGCAAUAACUCAACUUGAAAUCUAUCAGGCCAUAAGACUCGUGUAACAAGACCAGCCCUUAAUGCUUCACUAGCUGUUAGAGUUCUGCCACCCAAAAGUAACUCACUUGUCUGCAAUGGAAAUAGUAAUGCUAAUUGCUAAACUACCGUUACCGUAAUUGGCUAGCAUUUAUUUAAUGCCCUUACAAUUGCACUUCCCAAUAUAUGUGAUAAUGUGAAAACAGCGGCACCUUCAGCGAUCUGACCUAAUUUUCCGUAAGGAGUGCUAAAUGUUGCUUUGUCACUAGCUAUCACAAGGUCGAACAAAGGUAACAUUGUUACUCCGAGUCCAACUGCAGCGCCCUGAACUCCAGCGACGAUUGGUUUAUUGAACGAUGCUAAACUCUUAAUAAAGUCUCUACACAGAAAAAAUUAACUGUUUAAUCCUAUCAAUCAAAUAAUUACAAUUUGGUAUUGAAUGUAUAAUUAUAACAAAUACAUACUUAACGGCGUCUGCCAUUUCUUCAGCUCGAAGUCGUCGUUCUUCUUUAUU